ACUACAUUUGCCACAAUAAGUUUUGAUUGGAUAGAGACCCACUCAAGUGCUGCAAAAAUAACAAAAUCAGCAGAUAACUCUGGAAUUGUUCUUUUUGAUUCCAAAGGAACUAGAUUAUCAGAUGACCAGGAAAUAUGGCAAAUGGAAAAUAAUUUGGAUUGUAGUAUUGAUUUGGCAACAAAGAUCAAAGUUUUUUGCACACAAGCAAUCAGUACUCGCUUCACACUUUAUGCAUUGAAUAUGCUCCCAGAUGGCCGGUUUCUUGCCACAGAAUUGGCCUCUGCCAUUAUUCCCUUUUCCUGGAGUGGUCGUAGCAAAUACAAAGCGAUUUUAAUAAUGAUGUCAAUUUUCCAUGAGGAGCUUACCAAACAGGAAGAAUUAAUGGAGGAAAUCAGCUUAUGUUCAUCAUCAACAAAUGGAAUAACAGUUUGUCAAGUAUUGAGAUUGCCAGCAGAG